CACUUGCCAUUAAUUGGCCUGAAAAUUUCCCAUCCGUCAUAAAAAGAGCUGGGUAGUUUGUAUCGAUAUCACGCGGUUCGUAGUGCUAUGACGUCAUUAAUAAGGAAUAAAAAUCAACGACAGUGCAAAAGGUUAUCGAUCGAGCGUGUUCGGCCAGAUAUUUUGACAUGCGUAUGUUUUUUUGGGGGGAGAUUAUUAUACACUCAUUAAAAGUCGGUUUUUUAAUAGUGUCUUCCGUGCGGACUAUUAUAAGUGAUCAUCAUGACUCAUAAACACUUCUAUUAUCUCGUUAUCUUGGUGGCAUCUCCUUUAAUUUCAACAGCUCUCGGACUAAAAUGUUUCCAGUGCAAUUCGGCCGAGAGUCCAGACUGUGCCACCCUUAAGUCCAACGACACCGACAUCAGUCCGCACCUGAAAGACUGCGAGGUAAAUCAACCCGAUCACGAACCGUUUUGCCGGAAAAUCGUUACGAAAAUUUUAGACGGCGAGAGCGUCCGAGUGAUCCGUAGUUGCGGCUGGAUCCUGCAGGAACCCGCGCGCAGAAACGACACGUGCAGGAGCAACGACAGCGACUACGUCCUCAGAACUAGCUGCUACUGCUUUUCUGAUGCCUGCAAUCGGGCCACGCCCCUCGGUGCCGCGCCCUUAAGCACCACCCUCUUAAUUGUUAGUCUAGCAAAAGUGAUUAUUAGAUCUAUAGAUAUUGUUUUUUAAUGUAUGUCGAAAUAAAUAUGUGUGAGAAUGUU